UUGUCCCAGUUUUGUCCUUCUGACAAAGCUGUUCUAAUUGCUCAGAAGACAUGUCUGCUAAUGGCAGCUGCAGUUGAUCUGGAAUUGGGGAGAAAACAAGUAACACCUUCUGAACAGAUGGAGCUUUUGACUCAGGCUCUUCGACAUAUCCAGGCAUGCAAGGAGAUAUGGAAAGUUCUGAAAUUAACAGGAGAUUUUGCUAAAGACCCAACAGACACAUUGCUGCUGCUUUAUGAAUUUGAAGCAAGAUCUAAACUGAAUGAUCCAACACUCCACAGCCUGAUGGAGUCAGUAUGGGAGCAACCACAAAUAGAGGUCAAGACGCUAGAAAUCCUUGCAUCAUUAGCAAUGGAAUCUCCAGCUCGGUAUCCUGUGCUGUGUAAGAAAGCUCUCAAGAGCGCACUAAACCUUCACAGAAAGCAGACUGUCAUCGAUGCUGUGAAAUUUAGCAAAUGCUUGCAUAGUUUGAUUAAUCUUUUGUUGCCGACUGGAUUAACAGACUUGGAUGCCUGUGUGCUGCAGGAGGUGUGGUACUACUUCGAAGAUGCUCUGAGCGUAGUCAGCAGCACAGAUGCUUACCCAGAGAUGGAGAUCCUUUGGUUGAUGACAAGAGCCUGGAAUACAGGAAUAUUUCAGUACACCGUUAGUAAAUAUAAGGAAGCUGAGCGGUGGUGUGGAUUAGGAAUGCGUUUCCUCAAUCACUUAGGAUCUCUGAAGAAAAGCUAUGAAGGCCAUAUGAUUGGUGUUUAUAGUGAGGUGCUGGACAAAUUGGACAGAGUAAAAGACUUUCUUCCAAAUGAAGAAGAAUAG